CCACUGCUAGAUAAAUCAAGUCCAAAAUAGUCAACCUCCAAAACCCCACUGUUCAAUCUCAAAAACAGCAAUUAUAGCUCUCCAAACCAAAAGAAAAAGCCAAAGAGAGAGUGAGAGUGAGAGUAAGAGAGUGAGUGUGAGUGAAGAAAAUGGGGUUCACCUUCACCACCAUGACCCUGAACUUGCUCCUCCUUAUAGCCAUGGUGGCCACCAACAUUAUCUCCCUCUACCACCUCUCCUCCACCCUCCAAUCCCCCAAAUCCCCCAAACCACCACCACCUGUCCCAGACCAACUCCUACACCAGCUCCACACCAUACGCGCCACCAUCAACCACCUCACGCGCCUCCAGAAUUCUAACCCCUCCAAAAAAUCAACCAUCCCCUCAGAUCUACUCCUCUACUCACACCUCUCCCCGAUUGCUUCAUCAUGCCACAACCACCCUGAACUCCUCCAUAAAUACAUGACUUACACUCCCUUCUCUCUCUGCCCUUCCGAUUCCGACCUCGCCGAAUCCCUAAUCCUCCGCGGAUGCCACCCUCUCCCCCGCCGCCGCUGCUUCUCCCAAACGCCACAGAAACCCAUUCCCCCAAAUUCCCUCCCGCAAAACCCCUUCCCCUCCUCUCUCCCCGACAACGCCGUCGUUUGGGAUCACUACACCUGCAAAUCCUUUGAUUGCCUCAACAGGCAAAACCCUAACCUCGGCUUCCAACCCUCACGCGACGUUUCCAAGUUCAAUUCUUACAAGAGCGACUUGGAUCUCCCGAUUCACCAGCUGUUCCAGAUCGCCAAGGCGGCGAAGUCGGUUCUCCGGCUCGGCCUCGAUGUCGGCGGCGGCACCGGAUCAUUUGCCGCCGCCAUGAAACUGCAAAACGUGACGGUGGUGACCACGACGAUGAACGUGGCGGCGCCGAACAGCGAGGCCGUGGCGCUGCGGGGACUGGUGCCGCUGCACGUGCCGCUUCAGCAGCGGCUGCCGCUGUUCGAUGGAGUGGUGGAUCUAGUGCGGUGCGGGCGUGCCGUGAACCGGUGGAUCCCGGUGACGGUGUUGGAGUUUCUGCUGUUUGAUGCUGAUAGGGUGCUGAGGGGUGGAGGGUACCUUUGGGUAGAUCACUUUUUCAGCAAACGGGUGGAUCUUGAGAAGGUGUAUGCGCCAUUGAUUGGGAAAUUGGGUUACAAGAAGGUGAAGUGGGCGACGGGGAAUAAGACCGAUGCCAGUGGCGUCAAGAAUGGUGAAGUUUUCUUGACCGCAUUGCUGCAGAAGCCUGUGUCCAGAUGACGCUCGUUACACCCAAAUAAAGUUUGAUGUGCUGUAAGGAUGAAAAGCAGGUGGGUUUAUCCGGAUUUCCUUGCUGAUAGGUGUUUAUGGGGCACGUAAUGGAGCAAUUUUCAUGCCCAGUGAUGGAUCAUAACCUGUUGAAACAAAGAUAGAAGGAAGUCGAUGACAGGUGUAUAUCCGUGGGGACUUGGGGAACCUGGUUGAGGAAAUAGUUUUUGUGAUCGUUUUUUUACUUAUAUUUUAUUAAAUUAUUAUGCCUAAUUAAUUGUUUUGAAAUAAAUAUAAGAAACGCCGUUUUCUUCGA